GUUAAAGGGCGUGUCAGUCUACGCGUUCAUUAAUUUACAGAGAAGCGCAGCAGAAAGAAAAUGAAGGUCCUAGCUAUUUUUAUUUCCAUAGCAUCUCUUCUUGCAGGCUGUCAUUGCAGUGAUGAUUUGGCGUCUUCAUAUCAAUUCAACGUGACCCUAGUGCAGGAUAGCUAUUGGCUCUAUUGGAACUUCAGCAAAACUGCUGAGGAGAUAAAAUUUGCUGUGAGAGUUAAGACCACAGGAUGGAUUGGAUUUGGGCUCUCCCCCAAUGGACAGAUGCCUGGAUCUGAUGUUGUUAUAGGAUGGUUGGAUGGACAAGGAACUCAUUUCAAUGAUCGAUACGCUACAGCACGUUCUACCCCACCUAUUGAUGCAAAACAGGAUUGGUUUCUAACCAGUGCCAAGGAGGAUAAUGGUUACACUGUAUUAGAGUUUAAUCGCAAAUUUAAAACAUGUGAUGAUCAUGAUCUAGAUAUACAGUAUGAUACUGCUCGUGUGAUAUGCAGUUGGAAUAAUGAAAAGCCAACUUUAAACUCUGAUGGAACUUACAGCAUUUCUGCUCACACUAACGUAGGAGGAAAACAUGUCAAUCUUCUUGGAGGAUCACCUGAUCCGCCUAAAAUUCAAGACAAUGCAGGAACUUUUACUGUUGCUGCUAAGGAGGCUAGAGUCCCUAAUGUUGAUACUACAUAUUGGUGUGAAGCAAUGAAGCUACCUCAAGCUGUUUUACAGAAUGAAAAGUACAUCGUAAAAUAUUCUCCUAAUAUCACCAUUGGGAGUGAACCUCAUGUCCACCACAUGCUCCUGUAUACUUGCGAUGGACUUGAAGAGUCAGACCUGGUUUCAGGGGGUGACUGUUUUGAUGGAAGUGUAAGUAGCAGAGUCACUGCCUGCACUUCACAGUCAGAACUCCUUGCUGGAUGGUCUGUUGGUGGAUCUGACUUUAUAUAUCCUGAAGAUGUUUCUUUCCCUAUUGGUGGACCCAACAGCCCACAGUAUAUAGUCAUAGAGAUACACUACAAUAAUCCUAAUUUGCUAUCAAAUAUUAUUGAUAGCUCUGGUUUAAUAUUCACUUACGAGGAGAGUCCUAGAGAGCACAGUGCUGGUGUGAUGGUUGUUGGACAUGAAAUCGACUAUAAAAUGGUUAUACCUCCAAAUAGUCCUAAUUUCACUGUCACUUCAGUAUGCUCAGAUUCUUGUACUAGACAAAAUUUCCCAUCAGGAGGGAUAAAUGUGAUUGGGAGCAUGCUCCACACUCAUUACACAGGUGUUGGUUUGUCAUUGCGUCGAGUGAAGCAAACAACUUGUGAUGGAGUCACUUAUUAUGAAGAAGUGAAGCCAGUUGAUAGGAACCUUCGCUUUGAUUUUAACUAUCAGCAAACAACACAUCUUCCCCAACCAGUCAAUGUUCUACCAGGCGAAACACUGAUGCUACAGUGCCACUAUGACACUACACAACGCACUGGAGUUACACUGGGAGGACUCUCCACUAGAGAGGAAAUGUGUUUCACUAUUCUUGUAUAUUACCCAAAAAUAGAUAAUGAGUUUUGCCUGAGUUCACCAAUGUACGACAAGUACAAUGAUUUUGUUGAUCAACAUGUACCUGAUCAGCAUAAAGCUGCAUUUAGGGCACUUGUGCCUGAAAGAUCAUCAAAGUCAGACUAUCAGAUCACGUUUGAUCUGUUGGAAUGGAAUAAAACACAGAUUGCUGCAUUUGAACAGCUAGUAUACACAACAGGAACACAGAGGAGUGUUUGCCCUUCGGAAAUUGUAAAUACGGUACCAUCUCUCUCUUGUUUGUAUGAAACGACUGAUACAUGCACAGGACAGGAGCCACCGACUUGCUGUGAGAGGAUCAAUGGUAUAGAGGUCACUGCUAGCUCUGCUAGUGCCCUACAUUUGUGCAUUUUCCUGAUUUUAACUGCAGUAGCAGUUUCAAUCUUUUUGACUGGAUUAUGCUAAUGAGGAUGCUCUGCUUGUUUUUGCAUGAACUUAAUAUGUUGUUGUUGACUCUGUCUUUCGUAAAUUGCUUUUAGUUUUGUAGUUUUAUGAUGCCUUGAUAUUUUGUUGUUUAUAAUAAAGUAUUUUCAUGAGA